GAAUAUACAGAACUCAGAUCAAAAUAAAGACGAAUGCAAAAAUGCCCACCGAAGUAGAGGACAAAGAAAAAUUCAAUGCCGACGAACUGAAAGCGCCGGAAUGGAUAAACGACGAUUUUUUUCUAAAAGUCUUGUCGAACUGUGAGGGGAAAACAAGCGAAGUGAAAAUUAAAGACGUAAAAAUUUCGCCAGCUUCCAUGAAAGGCGAUCACUAUGCGAGUGUAAUGUUUCGCGCGCAGCUGCAAUACGAAUUGGAUGGCGAGUGCAAGGCGAGGUCAGUGAUCUUGAAGACAAUGCCCGAAACGGAGGGCCACAAGAAAGAAAUGCUUGGCAAAACAGAUAUUUUCGAAAAGGAGAUUGCCAUGUACACAGAAGUGAUGCCACGAUUUGAGAAAGUUUUGCGCGACAUCGGCGAUGAUACUAAGCUCAAAGCGCCUUGCUUAUAUUACUCUUUAGAGCCGAAGCAAGUGAUUGUUUUCGGAGACCUUGUCCCCGCUGGCUAUGAGGUGGUGCGAGAUCGCCCAUUAACCGAAGAUGAAGUAAAGGCAGCCUAUGCCAAAUUGGCGAAAUGGCAUGCCAUAAGCUACAAAAUCAAUUUGGAGGUUAGUUAAGAAAAAUUGAAUAUAUACAUAUGUAUGUGUAUUAGACCGUACCACCUUACAUGCACACGAAAAAAGGUCGCGUACAUCCCCGACUCUGAAGUAUUUUUGCAAAGUAAUCUCGAAUAAAAGUUUUAUUUUGUCUUUGGCCGGACUUAGUGGUCGCCUUUUCUAAUUUUUUUCUGUGACACCUACAUUCAGC